AUGGAGUCGCAACUGUUUGUCUGGUCAGCGUCUGCUUCGUCAAAUCGAAAGCGCAAGAGACAGCCGAUCCUCUCAUGCGCGCGCUGCCGACUUUUCCGCGUCAAAUGCGAUCGCGACCGGCCCUGUGGCAGCUGCAAGCUAGCGGGGCGUGAGAGCGCCUGCAAGUAUCAAGAGACACUCGACCAUGAAACUGCUGCAUCCUCAUCGGUCGCUCGGAAAGACACGAACCACACGAAUUACGUCGACGGUGAUGGUGCCAAGACGCCGCAAAUAUUUGCCUAUGUUCAUGGGACAGCUCGACUCAGUACCUAUACAACUGGAUGGGCGCAGCUUUUUGAGGAAGCCAAGGACUACGCAUUUGGCAUUGCCCCCGACUUUAAGCCAAUAUACCGCAAGUCACAAGCUCACAGGGAUAUUUUUAGCAUGGCAGCUGGUGAUUUAUCACUUUCAUCUUCGGCAAAUGUCAUGCUGGACAAAUCGGAGCUUUCUGCACUGUUGCCAGACAGGCAAGUGGCCAAGCAGCUACUAGAGACCUACCUGAAGACCUUUGAAACAUUAUUCCCAAUGUGGGAACCUCGGGUCGACAUUGCUGGCGAGUUUGAUCUGCUCAAGCAGGACAAUGAGCACCACGCCUACUCAUCAUACCAGCAAAUGUUCAUGAUGUUGGCUCUUGGCUGCUGCUCAUCUCAGCUGAGCCUUCCAGGAGUGGACCAAGCCGAAUCAUGUCAGGUCUUUCUAGACGCUGCCGCAAUUGCUAGCAAACACAUCAUUUGGGAUGUCCCCGACUACCCUUCUUUACGAGCACAUUGUAUGGGAAUCAUUGCAAAUCUUGCACUGCACGAUACAGUCAGUCAUCUUCCGACGUCUCCUGCUCUUGUGGGUCUCGUGGUUCGUGCUGCCAUGUCCAUGGCAAUGCACCGGGAUUCACGUCAUUUCGAGGGCAUGCCCGAGUCUGAGGCCAUGAUGCGCAAUAGGCUGUGGACUACGAUAGUAUGGCUUGAUUUAUUUACGUCUGCCGUCACCGGGAUUCCUCCUCUUAUUCGGACAGACAGCCAUGACGUGAAUCCGAUAGGCACAUAUGGCGAAACAUCUCCAUCGAAUGACGGCAGCUCUGAGUUCCUCACCUUACUCACGAAGGUUUUGCCCACGGCAGAAUUAAUCAUCACAAAAAGCAACUCUGUCAACCCAGAAAUAGACUACGCCAAAGUAAAAGACUGCGACAAUCUUCUAAAGCGUUCACUGGACAACUCACGAAACCUUCCCGACUUACUUCAUGCAAGUAUGCUUGACAUCUUUAUACGUCGGACUCUCCUUGCACUGCAUUUGCCGUACUCGCGGCAUGGGCGAUACCUCCAGAAGUAUCCAGACUCUCAUUGGGCAGUUCUCGAGUGUUCUCUGGCACUGCUAAAUUGUCACCAGCGAUUUGCAGCUGAAGAAGAUAUGCAGUGGUUUAUAAACAUUUUCAGAGAUGACAUGCAACUGGCGUUGAUAUAUGUUGUUUUAGGUAUCAGACGAAAGGAUUUCAGCCCACCAUUAGAUGCCAUCCCCCAGCUUGAGAAUGACCCAGAGGAAAUCGCUUGGCAUGCUAUACGACAGUCAGUGGAAAUUUUUAACGAUCAGGCACAUAAAUCUUGGUCUCAUUAUAGAGUGUAUUUGACAUCGCUUUGGAUGGUCACUGCUCUGGAGGCUUUGAAGUCCUCUACUUCUCUGUCUAUGUUGGCAAUGAUGAGCGAAGCAACCGAGAACGCAAUAAACGACAUUACAGCAAGGUUCCACGAGAGUGAUAUUGGGGAAUAA